AUGGAACAUAUCCAUCAAAAUAAAAACAUGCACUUUUUAAAAGUUUUUUAUUCAGUAUCCAUUAAUCCUAUUUAUUUUAAUUGCUUACAUAAUAAAACAAUGGGAAGUGUUUGCGGAGCUAGUAAAGGACGCUCACAAAGUGUAAAGCCAAGCCCAAAAGUGCCAGACUCUCAUGAAAGAAUAACAUUUAUAUCUGCUAACAAUACCGAAUUAUCAGACCUUCAAUCCUACUUUAUAGCCCAGCAAGGAAUGAACCGAAAAAUUAAAACUUUAUAUGAGGCAGUUUUCGCACACGAAGAUCAACAAAUUUUUACUAUUGAUUUAAAAUUUAUUGACCUGUGUGCCAAUCAUUCGCAUUUAGCUAAUAUUUUGCCUUCUUUUGUAAACCUUAACAGCCUUAAUUUGUGGAAGGCGAGAUUGGGGGUUGAAGGAAUUAAAGAUCUUGCAAAGCCAAUUCAAACUUUAAGUAUUCUGCUUUAUUUAAAAUAGGAAUAACGCUGAGAAAGUGAUAUCUUAGCUGGCAAGGUUAAUAAAAUAUUUUUUUUAUAUUAUUCUAUUAAAUGCAGAAUAAACUGAGGUAUUUAUCUUUAGCCGAUAACAACCUAGGCCCUGAAGGAAUUCAAUACCUAUGCACAGCUUUUGCCAAGCUUGAAUCUUUGCAAACGUUAGAACUUCACAUCAACGGACUCGGACCUCGAGGGGCAGAAAUUUUAGGAAAAGAUCUUCCAAAACUGCUGAAGCUCAAUACAAUCAGUCUUACUGAAAAUGAGAUUGGGCCAGAUGGGAUCAAAUUCUUGAUAGCUGCAUUUGUAACUAUGCCAAAUUUGCAGACAAUAUUUUUGUCACAGAAUGCUAUUGGAGAUGCAGGAGGAAAGUGCUUUUUAGAUAGCAUUCAGAAGCUGCAACAUAUUAAGACGUUAAGUUUGGAAGGGAAUGAUAUUUCUGGGGACAUGAUUGAAGAUCUUGUGGAGGAGUCCCCAAGUAUAAACUUUAAAUUUUAG